GGGACAGACAGUGAGAAAUUUAGGACACAGCACAGGGUCCUAGACAAGGCGAGGCUUCCCUUGUAAACUUCUUGUUCAUUCUCUUUUUCUUACCGUUUUCUCACACAACUCAUACAUACAAACUUGAACACUUACAGAGAAAAACAAGAAGAAAUAAAAAUUGGUUGAAGAAAUAACUGAGUAUGUUUUACUCACAAGAGCUUCUUUCAAAGAAAGGGGCUUUAGGCACCAUUUGGGCUGCUGCUCAUUCCCUCAAGAAGCUCACAAAAGAAGAUGUUUUUGACUCCAACAUUUCUUCAUUUGUCGAUAAGAUAUUGCUGGAUGAAGUUCCCGCUGCUACGUAUAGAAUUCUGGCCUACCUUCUUCUUGGUGUUGUGAGAAUAUACUCCAUGAAAGUUGAGUAUCUGUUUUGUGACUGCAAUAAUGUGCUAUCCGAAGUCCGUCACUUCAUCACUAGCGCAAAAAUUGAUGCUGAUAUCGAAUUGAUGUGUGCACCUUAUUCCUCUAUAACUGUGCCAGAAAGAUUUGAGCUUGAUGCUUUUGAUCUUGAAAUUAUAGAAGAUUUGAACAGAGACCACCACACUAAGAUGCAAGAAGAAAUCACUCUGAAAGAUAAAGAUGAUGGGAUUAGCUCUCCAUCCUUUCAACAGUCUUAUAUGGAGGAAGAUACUUCUAAUCUUGGAGGUUUCUCUGCUGUUCAUGCUACAUGUAACGAUCACUAUUCGAUGUCUAACACAACUGCGGAAAUGGUAGCCAGCACAUUGCAUAACAUAAGAAACUUAGACAGGAGCAUGGACAAAUUCCAGAAUUAUAGAUUCUCCUUAGAGGACUGCCUGCCUCCUAUGCUAUUUGAUGAAGAUGAAGAGAGAGCAGAUCCGAGUAGAAAAUUUCACGAAGAUAGCCAAAAAGAUGGAGUGGAGAUGAAUCCUUCAAACUCUCCUAUAAUGUUGGGAGAUGGUGGAAUACCUGAAGGCAAUGCUGAAUUAUUGGAUGAUAAAGAGAGAGCAGAUCCGAGUAGAAAAUUUCAUGAAGAUAGCCAAAAAGAUGGAGUGGAGAUGAAUCCUCCAAACUCUCCUAAAACAUUGGGAGAUGGCGGAAGACCUGAAGGCAAUGCUGAAUCAUUGGAUGAAGAGCAUGCAAAUUCAGCCAAUAAGGAAUUUUCUAAUUUCACUGGUCUGCAAAAUGAGAAGAUUCAGAUCAUCCCACCAAGAUGUCCCAUUUCCAUUUACAUUGAUACAACUCCAGAGUCAAAGGUUCCUAAUUCUCCAGGUGUUAGAACUCCAGGUUUAAUGGCUGUUGGUACGCCGGCUACUAAGGAGGGUGCUCGUGUUUCACAAAAGAGAAAAAGUAUAUACGAUGCUAAAGAAAUUGAUAUAGCGAACAAUGUAUAUAAGGCAGGGCUUGAUGAUCCGGGUGAGAGUGCUCGUGUUUCAAGGAAGCAGAAAUGUCUUUAUGAUGCUAACGGAAUUGUGAUAAGAAAUGAGGUAUAUAAGGCAGGGCUUGAUGAUCCAAGUGAGUUGGUAAAAAAACGUAAGAAAGCUGCACUUCGCGAUAAUGCAAAUCAAAUAUCUGAGAAGACCUUUUUUCAGCCUUUAAUUCCUGGUGUUUCUAUAAAUUUUAGGUCUCUCUCUCUCCUAUCUGAAAAGGAACAAAAGAGUCCAGAGAAAAAAGAUACUAUCAUAACUCCUACAAAAACUCUUAGUAUAGGGUCCCUUGGUAGCCAUGAAACACCUGCAGAAAUUUCAGUUACCCCUUCAUCGCAUGUAACCAACUCAGUUUCACAAUGUUACAAUAAUACAUGUGGGUCUACUAAUUCGGAGAGACUGGGAAGCGCAACAUCCUUUGCAAGUGUUGAUAGAGAAUUCUCUGCCAUUGGGGAUCUGAAAUUCGAUGGGAGUUCGAUGUCCUUUGCUACUGUUGAUGGAGAACUGUCUCCCGUCGAGGAUCCAGAAUAUGAUGAGAGCUUGACGACUCAAGAGGAGGAAAUCAAUUUAUGUGAAGGAGAUGAUGAGCAGGAGAAGUAUCACUGGUCUACUAGAACCAGAGCUGUCGCAAGAUAUCUGCACACAGAAUUUGUUGCCAGAAAGAAGAGAGGAGAAGAUGAAGUUGUGAAGUUGUCACAGGUGGUGGAAGGAAAGUCGAAGAAAAGGAAUGCAAGGAUGUUUUAUGAGCUACUGGGACUGGCAACUCAAGGUUUUGUGGAUGUGAAGCAAGAUAACCCAUAUGAUGAUAUAUCUAUCAUGGAGACCUCCAAAUGUAAGCAGCCGUUCAGAGCUGAUAAUAUGGCAUAGGAAUAUUAGAAACCGGCCCUUGGUCAGUGUUUAAUAGAUACACAGUGUUGUAGUUAAUGUUGUAGGGAGUUUAGAUUUAGCUGAGGAUCAUACUUGUGUAAACAAAAGCUGAGUUAAGGAGCGUUUUGCAUACAAGAGUAUCCCGGAAGCAGAGACUAGAUUACUAUUAGUAUCCAUGUUAAGGAUACGUAAAUUAUGUGUGACCUCCAACAGUUAAGCUGGUGAACUAGUUAUCUUACUUUUUCA